CCCGCUUGACCGCUAGGGGUCUCUGUUGCCGCUGCGGUUUGAGUGACGUCAGUGUGACGUAUGCGGAAGUGGGUGGACCUGACAGCAACAACACUGCAGCUGCAUUAAAGCCGCACGAAGCUCAAAAGUGAUGAUUUAUCAGUGACAUUUUUAACCUUCUCCCCUAGAAGCGCUGUUUUCUGGUGCUUAAAACACCAAACAAGAAGUUUAUCAUAACAAGCUGUUUCAGGGACAUUUCUUGGCUUGUCCAAUGUCUUCUGGCUGUCCACCACAAUCACCAGCCGUGGCAAAGUCUGAGGUCGCUGUAGAUGGAGAAUGUCCCCUGCUGGCUGCCACCUUUGCCUACUGGGACAACAUCCUGGGUCCACGCGUGCGCCACAUCUGGUCACCAAAGGGCGACCAGCUGAUGUUCCUCAGCGACGGAGAGGUCACCUUUUUAGCCAACCACACACUCAACGGGGAGAUUUUACGAAGUGCUGAGUGCGGAGCUGUGGACGUGAAGUUUUUUGUCCUGGCAGAGAAGGGCGUCAUCAUCGUGUCUCUGAUCUUUGAUGGCGAGCUGAAGGGCGAUAAGAACACAUGUGCCUUGUCCAUAAUUCUACCUCAGGCAGAGCUGGCCUUCUACCUACCUCUGCACACCAUCUGCGUGGAGAGACUGAAGCACGCUAUCCGCAAAGGACGCAUUUGGAUGCAGAAGGGCUAUAAUAUCAUCUCAGUGCUGAGCUUGGAGAUUGUCCCAAUAAUGGAGCUGCUGGCCUCGAUGAAAUCACACAGCGUGCCUGAAGAUAUAGACAUAAAAGACACCGUGCUAAAUGAUGACGACAUCGGCGACAGCUGCCACGAGGAUUUCCUCCACAAAGCCGUCAGUUCUCACCUGCAGACGUGUGGCUGCUCCGUGGUGGUUGGAAGCAACCCAGACAAAGUAAACAAGAUUGUGCGGACGCUCUGCCUCUUCCUCACCCCGGCCGAGAGGAAGUGCUCUCGCCUCUGCAGGUCCAGCUCUUCCUUCAAAUACGACACCGGCCUGUUCAUUCAGGGUCUGCUCAAGGACUCCACAGGCAGCUUCGUUCUGCCGUUCCGCCAGGUGCUCUACUCGCCGUACCCCACCACGCACAUCGACGUGGACAUCAACACAGUCAAGCAGAUGCCGCCGUGCCACGAGCACACGUACAACCAGCGGCGCUACAUGCGCUCUGAGCUGAGCGCUCUCUGGAAGACGGACAGCGAGGACGACAUCCCUCCGGACACGGUGAUUCACACCGAUGAAACCUUCACCCCCGACCUGAAUAUAUUCCAAGAUGUCAUGCAUAGGGACACUUUGGUGAAGUGUUUUAUUGAUGAGGUGUUCAUGCUGAAGCCAGGACUGUCCCUGCGGAGCACCUACCUGGCCCAGUUCCUGCUGCUGCUCCACAGGAAGGCCCUCACGCUGCUCAAGUACAUUGAGGACGAAACGCAAAAAGGCAAGAAGCCAUUCCGCUCACUGCGAAACUUGAAAACGGACCUGGACCUGGCAGCGGAAGGAGACCUGAACAUCAUCAUGGCGUUGGCUGAGAAGCUGAGGGCCGGACUUCACUCGUUUGUGUUCGGGAAGCCGUUCUACACCAGCAUGCAGGAGCGGGACGUUCUCAUGAGCUUCUGACCUCCGUCGCUCCUUAACACUCUGCCUUUUGGACAUUUUUGUUUUUAAUUGUUACACUGAAAGCCUGCAUGUUGAUACAAGGCUACCAUGAACCAGAGUCUGCGUUACUGCUUUCCUUGUUCCUUUUUUUAAAAAAAGAUUCUCAUUAUUUCUGUAUUUCAAUUGAUGGCAGAUGCGAUUUCACAGACUGAUUGUUACUGCUGUUAUGAGCCAUCACAGCUGGAUAUAUUUCCUUUAUCAACAGGAAGCAUAACGUUUUUAGAGCUUAUUUGGAGCUGGAUCAUUUAUUAAUGUGUCGUAAACCUGGAUUCAAUAUGAAUAGAAAUUGACUGAGGUGCCAACGGAAACCGUAACGGUUUAGUUUAAAGAGUAUUAAUCAGUGAGUUGUUGUUUCCUCCAGGGCCCGUGUUCCACAACGAUCACAGCUGGCUUUUUAGCCUCUUAAACUUGUGGAUAGUAUUAUUUAUUUUUAUUUUAAAUAAUUGGUGUGUGUUGAAUGUUAAUUGUGCAGCUUGCAGGCAUCACAAGUAGGAUGUGAGUAAUCUCAAAGCACUUGGGCUUCACAGGCGAUAAAAGAAAAAAAGCACUGUCAAUUAAAUCGUAUCCCAACGCCCCCUGAAAAAGCACAUCUGUGUGUUUAUAUGUCUGCAUGUCAUUUUCUUUGCUUAAUGUUUUAUUUCCACAGACUGCACCAACAUCAUUUUCAGCAAAAUGCAUGCACUUUUGGAUUCUGAUGGGAUUUAUGCCAUUUUUACACGCUGUUUAAGAUUCUAAAAGUUAAAUAAUUAAUAAUUAACACUACGCAAGUCGCAUAUCAUUUUUGCAUUGCUUUAGACUAUUCUUUUAUAUAUUACCAAAAAUCUGAGGCAUACUGUCUCAAAGUGAUGUGGAAAAACUGUAAUGACAUCAAAGUUUGAUCAGUGCCGCCAGGGGAGUUCACCUUUGAAUUUAUGCUUUUUAUACCAUUUUUAUUAGCUUUUAUUAUUUGCCAGUUUAAAUAUGUUUGUGCUUUUUCUUGUUUUCCUCUGUAAAGUACUUUGCAUUUCAAUUGUGAUUUGGAAAAUGUGCUAUUUAAAUAAAACUGAAUUGAUCUGAAGAUGAAAGCAGCUGAUGAAUAUACAUUUAAGUUUUCAAGAUUUUGCUUUGAUUGAAAUAAAACUGU